AUUGCUUACACAUUUUUUAAUUGUUUACUUAAAAUUUUAUAAUUCCUGGCACUCCGUCUUCCUUCUUCGCAACAAUAAUGUAAUGAUGUCUAUAACUGAAACUAGCACUUAACUAAAUGUUUCAACAUUUACUGAAAUCAAGUACAACGUCAAUACCAUCAUCUUUGGCCAUCUAAAGAAAACAAAAUAGUGUAACAAAAUAAUGUCGAAGUCAGUAGCUCCUGUAUCUGCGCCGCCAUCAACGGUAUUGAAUCCAGACUUUUCAUGCUCGUGUACUGACGUGCCUGAUAAGUUUUGGGAAAAAUGCGGUUUUAGCACAAGAGCCAUUCAUGCCGGCCAAGAGCCUGUGAAAUGCGAACAUAACACUAUUGUUCCGCCCAUUUUCGGUACCAUAAAUUUUAAAUGGAAAUCGUCUUCUGCGCAAGGUAAAUACUCGUACGCCAGACAAGCAAAUCCGACUAGAGAGAUGCUAGAAGCCUGUCUGGCGGCACUAGAAGGAGCCAAGCACGCAUUGACAUUCUCAUCAGGCAUUGGAGCUGCGACUGCUAUCCUAUCGUUGCUGUCAAGUAAUGAUCACCUUAUUGCCAGCGUAGACCUUUACGAAGGAACUAAGCAUUUGCUCGAGAACUAUAUUUCUAGAAACGUCUUUGAAGUUACAUUUGUGGAUUUUAUGUUUGGUGAUAAUUUAAACAGGGCUAUCAAGACAAACACUAAGAUGAUCUGGUUUGAGUCUCCGACUAACCCUCUGCUGAAAGUGUUUGAUAUUAGUAAGAUUGCAAGAAUGUCGCAUGACCGAGGGACAAUCAUUGUAGUGCAAGACAACACGUAUCUCACCCCCUACUUUCAACGCCCGCUUGAUUAUGGAGUAGACAUAUCCAUGUACUCUUUGUCGAAGUAUAUGAACGGCCACUCAGAUGUUAUUAUGGGAGCAGCGGUCCUUAACGAUAGUGAUUUAGAAAAGAAGCUACGCUAUACGCAGACUUGCACUGGAAUAAUACCAUCGCCAUAUGACUGUUACUUAGUGAGUAGAAGCUUAAAAACACUAUCGAUUCGGUUAGAACAACACCAAAGGAACUCGAUAGAAGUAGCAAAGUAUCUAGAGAGACAUCAACGGAUAGCUAGAGUGUUGCACCCAGGUCUCAGAUCACAUCCUCAAUAUGAGCUCUUCCACCAUCAAGCAAAAGGUCACUCUGGAAUAAUUAGCUUCAGACACUUUGGAGGUCGCCAUGAGACAAAUAUUAUUCUAUCAACAGUCAAGAUUUUUACACUGGCCGAGAGUCUGGGUGGAUACAAGAGUUUAAUUGGCUUACCAUAUAUGAUGUCCCACGGAUUACUUGACCCCUUUUUAAAAGAAUCGAUGGGAGUCACUGAGAAUCUCAUCACACUGUCGGUCGGCCUAGAAGACCCACAAGACCUCAUAGCGGAUCUCGAGUGCGCUUUGACGAAAGCCUUUCCCAGGCAAUAAAGUUUCCUUGUGAUUGAUAACAAUGUUUGCGUGAAAUCUUUUAAGUAUAUACC